AUGACUAGAGUUUUCCUUAUAGGCCCUUCCACUCCAUUAGGUUCAGAAGUUUUACAUCAAUUAUUAACAGAUCCAAAAUAUGAAGAUCUAACUAUUGAAACUCAUCAUAGACAAGAUUCAUAUUGUAAAAAUUUAACAAAAUUAACAAAUAAUAGAGUUGAAUGUCAUAAAGGUACAUUAGCUGAUAGAUUUCUUACUUUCAAAAUUUUCCAUAAUACUGAUUUUGUUAUAAAUUGUGAUCCUGAAGAAACUAAAUUUUUUGGUGGUGAAAUUAUGAAUUAUUCAAAGUUCCAAAAUGUUUCAAAUUUAACAAUUAUAAAUACUUCAAAAUCAAGUGUUGAUCCAAAUACAAAUGGUGGUAAAAUUCAAAGAUCUUAUACAAAUUUAAGUGCUUUAAAAAAUGUUCAAUAUUCUCAAAAUGAACCUUCACCAAGAUCUUUACAAGAUGUUCAAGAUGAAGAAUUAACAAAACCUGAUUAUGAAUAUAAAAUUUCAAGAAUUUCUCAUCCAAAAAUGAAGACUUUAUUAGUUACUCAACCUUCAAUCUUAGGAACAACUUUUAGAUAUCAUUUAACAAAACAAGUUACAAGAGAAUCUAUGGAUACAAAACAUUUUGCUUCAAUUAAUUCACAUUUACAAAACACAAUGAAUUUCACAACACAACAACCAUUUGAAGAAUCUCAAUAUUAUUGGUCUCAUGUAAAUAUGAAAUUAUUAGCUUCACCAUAUUUAAUCUUGUUGGAUAAUUUAUUAAAACAAAAUCCAAAUAUUGAAACUGGUAAACAUGGUAUUUAUUUCAAUGAAAAUGGUUUAAAUUAUUGGAAAGAACCAUAUAGUGAUAAAUUAAGAAGAUUAACUGAAAAUGGAAUUGAAAUGACUGAUUUAAAAAUUAAUUUUGCAGUUCCAGAAUCUGAUUUAGAAAUUUUUAAACCUGUUACAUAUGGUCCAGAAAUUGAAAUUAAUCAAACUUAUAAAAGAGGAUGGAAUAAUACAUUUAGUGAUGAAUCAUUAAAUACUGCUGAAAAGGAUAAAAUAAGAGAUGAACUAGAUUUAUGUCUUGAUAUAAUGUGA